CAUUACUUGUAAAAGUAUUUCCUCAUAUUUCUUUUUUUUUUCAACUGCACAAAAGGUUUCCAUGUGUUGCAAUGCCACAAGUCAAUAAGGAUGAACAAUAAGACAAUUUCCCGAGCCUUUAUCACAGCAAAUCGGUGAAGAAUUCUAUUACAAAAGCUGUACAACACUGUGUACAGUGCACCUCAAGAAAAGCCUGCGUUGGACGUGAUUGGCAAAGACAUUAUUCCAUCCUUGGUACCCUGCCGUUCCGGGAUUACAGUGACGUCACGCUGAUACCCUUGCAUGGAUGAAUGCUAAAGAACUAUAGAGCCACAAAUAAUAGCACAAGCAGAGUCCAUAUCUUGCAAGUCUUACGUUAUCCUUUAAGCCUCCUUCAGCUAACACAACAACAUUUUUUUGCACUUAAUGACUCUUAAUUUCAUUUCUUAUCGGGUCCUCGGGGGGGAUUAUUCAUUCAUAUAAAACAAUCUGCAGCUGGUGCCAGUCUAAAGUCUCCCUCCUAUGAGUGAAGUCAUCUAUUAUUGAGCGAAAGGCCGUGCGUGGAAAUGUGUGGAAGACGGUGGAUUUGAAGUAGAAUUGGUUGCAAUCGAUCAAGGGUGAAGAAUAUUGCUGAUGGUAACAAAAGAAGCAGCUAUGUCUUUCUCGCAAUUUGGAUACCCCUACAAUGCAACUUCACAGUUUUUCGUGUCGGCAAACCCCAGUACGACUUGCUGCGAUUCGAUUUCCAGGUCGGUCUCUGACGGGACAGGCGGCUCCCAGACCGCUGCUGCCGCUGCCGCCGCCUCCUUCUGCUGCCCGUCCUACGAGAACCGGCUCCUGGCGAGCAGCCGGACGGAGCUGAACGCGGCGCUGGGCAUGUACAGCUCUCCAUACGCAGCAGCGGCAGCAGCCAGCCAGAACUACGCCAACUACUUCCCCUACAGCACCGACCCAUCCGCGAUCUACUCCACUCUGAAUCCACAAUACGACAUAAAGGACAGCACGGGCACUUUACACUCUGGGAUCACUCAAACGGCUGCGUACUAUCCUUAUGACCACUCACUGGGACAGUAUCAGUAUGACAGAUACGGGACAGUCGACUUUAACGGCACAGCCAGGAGAAAGAACGCCACUCGGGAAACCACCAGCACCUUGAAAACAUGGUUAUACGAGCACCGCAAGAACCCCUACCCCACCAAGGGUGAGAAGAUCAUGCUGGCCAUCAUCACCAAAAUGACCCUCACGCAGGUGUCCACCUGGUUUGCCAACGCCAGGAGGAGGCUGAAGAAAGAGAACAAGAUGACCUGGUCACCAAAGAAUAAAGCCGGCGAUGACAGGAAGGACGACCUCAACAAGAGUGAACUGGACUGUGUCACCAAAGAUUCCAGUGAUUGCAAGGAAGAGAAGGAUCUACACCUAAGUGAUCUGGACGACAUGGAUGAUGACGACUGUGACAAGCUGGAUAGUGACUGUGAAAAGGCGGCUGCAGAUGAGCAGGACCUCCAAAGGGCCAUGGCUGUGUCAGCCCCUCAAAAGAGAGACUGCAGCUCUGACCUGCACCUGAGUUUAACCAACAGCUUCCACACUUUCCCCUGUGCCAUCAAAAGCGUAACCUCCCUCCCUCCUCUCCCAUCUGACUUCCUGGACCCAGUGGUGUCCAAAGCUGCCUCCUCGGCCGGCCUCACGGGAACAGUGUCCUUGUCUCACUUUGAAGCGUCAGAUAAGCCGAGGAUUUGGUCUCUGGCUCGCACGGCGGCUUCUGGGGUCAUUCUGAGCCCUCACCAGCAGAACUCUGAGCAGAUGAGGACAGGAAACUCAAGCGGGGACUGCCAGCUCCAGAGCUCCAGGCUUAGCGGGGCUCCUGCUGGACAAUGUGGGGGCAUCAGAGGCCUCCAUGAAUCUAGCAGUGUGACCAACACUGAGAGCCCCUUCCCUGAGGGCUCAUCAUUGCACUCAAAGGUCUACGGCACGGGCAGCUACAGCCACAAGGACCUCCAGCUGCACUGUUCCUCUUAUGCUGCACUCCCGGAAUCAUGCCAGUAUUCCACUAUUGAAGGAUUCUCUGGUGGCAAAGCAGAGACACAGCCAUCUGACCUCAGCGAAGCCUGCGGGACCGUGCAGGAUGACAAGGUCACUGCGUUUAGACCAGUGAUGAAGAGGUGAAGCAGAUUGCUGCCACCUGCACCAUCAUGAAUAAAGGGACAUGUUUUAUGCACUUGAGGACACACUGGCCAAGCAGCGGCCUCAAUAUUGGAGCUACCUGGCGCUGCUGCAGCAGUACGAGCUGUCAGACUCUGGACGUGGCUAUCAUUUUGCACAACUUUGUUUCAUACGGUGUUGAAGACUUUAUGCAAAAAUUCUAGAUGCAAAGGUAUGAGGCUGGACAAGAUAAAAACGGCCAAAUUUGUGUAUGGCAAUCGUGUAGUGUUUAGCAGCCCUAUUUAUUUCUCUGUGUAUUUAUUAUUAUUUGUUUAUGUUGUCUGUUUGUUGGUUAUUUAAUGUGUUGAUCUUUAAGUGUUUUGUUACAUGUUGCUUUUUACUGUGGCUUCGUGUCAUUUGGCCUGAUGUUUAAAGAGGAAUCGUCGUACAUUAUGUUGACCAUAUAAGGAGUGGAUCCCCCUGUGUUGCGCGUGGACCUGAACAUUUUUUGUCAUUGUGUUCAAAUGUGAGCUUCUUCUGUGUUUUUUGCCAUUCAUGACGUUUUUUUC